AUGUCGAGCUCCUCAGAUGCUUCGGCGAACUCUAGCACGGCUCAGGAGAGCCAGAUGCAAGGGCACGAAGGCGCUGACCAAACUAUGUCAGGGGCGGAAAAUACCGGGUGCCAGAAUCCUUUGCUGAUGCCGACGAUGAUGCCUCAGUUAAGCACAAUGGACCGCAUCUACGCCGAGAUGAUGGAGGAUAUGAGCCGAAUCCAUCAUGAAAUGGAUCGAUUUUACAACCAACACUUUGGCUCGUUCGCGCCGUUGACGCAGGGUAAUUACCCUCCCCACCAGCAGCAACCGACGUAUGUGAGUCGACCGUGGUGGCGGCCGUCGUCUUGGUUCCAGCCUAGAACUGCUCCCUACCUGCCCAUGGCACUUGAAGGCGGCGGUGCGGAGAGUUCCGCACCCGUCGCUGCCGGGGAAGGGCAGAUGGUUCCGAUGACUGGCGGAAAGGAUUUGUCAGCUGGUGGCCCGUGGGGCCUAAUGCCUUUUGGUUGGGGAACUCGAUGCGCGCCGUGGGCGAGUUCGAUGCCAAAAGUUGAUAUGAGGGACACAGGAGCAGAGUUCGUUGUUCAGGCGGAUGUCCCGGGCAUGGAUCGCGAGAACUUACGGGUGGAUGUGCAUGACGGCGUUCUGAGAAUCAGCGGCGACCAGCGGGAGGAACACAAGAAACAGGACGAAGGAUUCUAUCUCCAGGAGCGUAGGCAGGCGUCUUUCUCCCGCACAUUCAUCCUUCCCGAGAAGGUGAAAGAGGACGAAAUCAAGGCUUCGCUCGUCAACGGAGUGUUGCAAGUGCACGUUCCCAAGGAGGUCCCAACAAAGCCACCUGCAAUUCGGAACAUCAAUAUCGAGUAG